AUGGGUCUGGGCCCAGACUUAGUGGAAAGCUACCGUAAGGUCAUCGAAUACAACAUCACGGGCGGAAACUGCCGCCGAGGGAAGUUCGUAGACUCAACGUCUACCAUCCUCGUGAGCCGCCAGCUCUCCACGACCGAAGCCCUGCACGCCAAUGUGGUGGGCUGGUGCGUCGAGCUCCUCCAGGCGUUUUCCUCCUCACCGACGACCUAUCCGAUGGGUCCUCGAUGCGCCGGGGCAAGCCCUGCUGGUACAAAUUGGAUGGGGUCGGACAACUAG